AUGAUCUUCAAGGGUUUUCUUGGAGCUUUUAUUGCUCUUGGGGCCUAUUUGUACUUUAAUUGGGCUAUUUUUUCCCCCGAAUUGAGUAAGAGCGCCCAAAUUGAGCAGGUGUUCCUCGAAUCAUGGUUAGAUUACAAGAAUAAUGCAUGGGGUGCUGAUGUAUAUGGCCCCAUUUCACGUCAGAAUUCGAACAUAUAUGGGUCAGCUGAUAAACCCUUGGGUUGGAUCAUUGUAGAUACCAUUGACACCCUGAUGUUGAUGCAAAAUUCGACUCAGACGUUCGGAAAAGAAUUUGAUGAAGAACUACAGGAUGUAGAAAAUUGGGUGGCCAAUGUACUAGACUACGAUAUUGACGUUUAUGUCUCGGUUUUUGAGACAACGAUUCGGAUGCUUGGAGGUCUUUUGUCUGCUCACUACCUCUCAAAUGAGCUGAAAAUCGGCAAUUCAACUGUGUACCUGGAAAAGGCAAUCGAUCUCGCGGACCGUCUGAUGCCAGCCUUCGAAACACCUACCGGAAUUCCUUAUUCAAGCAUUAAUCUUCACACUGGUGAAGCUUUGAAAAAUCAUGUUGAUGAUGGUGCUUCCUCUACGGCGGAAUUUACCACUUUACAGCUGGAAUUCAAGCACGUCAGCUUUCUCACCGGCGACAACAAGUACUGGCUAGCCGCCGAAAAAGUUUACAAGCCACUAUAUGAAGAAAAUGAUCUCAUAAGUUCUUUCCAUGGCCUGGUCCCCAUUUACACGUACCCCGAUUCGGCUAAAUUUAGAGGAACUAAUAUCAGGCUAGGUUCCAGAGGCGAUUCCUUUUAUGAAUAUCUGUUAAAGCAGUAUUUGCAAACCAAGGAGCAGCUGUACUACGAUUUAUAUCGAGAAUCAAUGGAGGGUGUCAAAAAAUAUCUGGUUUCCCACUCGCGCCCCAACAAUCUCGUUUUCUUCGGGGAGAGAGAGCACGGCUUGUAUAACUACCUUUCCCCAAAAAUGGACCAUUUGGUGUGUUUUAUGGGCGGUCUUUUGGGCAUGGGAGCCACCGAGGGUCACAGCAUAGAUGAAGCACGUCACAUGCCAUUUUGGGAUACAAAGCGGGAAGAGGAUUGGAACCUCGCGCAGGAUUUGACUUUUACAUGCUACCAGAUGUACAACCAAACGCCGUCGGGCUUGGCGCCAGAGAUCGUAGUAUUUAAUGCCAAUAAUGCCGGAAAUACUCAAAAUUUCUGGCAAUCCGCACGUGGCGACUUCUUUGUAAAGCCCUUGGACAAGCACAAUUUGCAAAGACCCGAGACAGUUGAGUCCAUUAUGUUUCUGUACCAUCUCACUGGACAAAACGACUAUCGCACUCAAGGUUGGGAAAUUUUUGAAGCCUUUCGCAAACAUAGCUGCGUUGACUGUGGCACGAAAAACAGAAGAUAUACGUCGCUUGCUGACGGGAUCAAUGUCCCAACCCAAAAAUCGGAUAACUUAGAGAGUUUUUGGCUGGCUGAGACGCUAAAGUACAUUUAUCUGUUGUUUCAAGACAACGUCGAUCUGACUAGUGUGGUUUUCAAUACCGAAGCGCACCUGCUUCCAGUUCUCACCGCGAAAGAUUUGGCCGCUGCAAACUUAAAAACUGGCUGGGAAAUCUAG